AUAAUAUUUAAGAUCUGGGACAAAGAACAGUCUGGACCAACUGCUUCAAUUGCAAGACCUCGGCGCGGCCUCGGGAGCGGCGCGGCCUGGGAAGCGGCCGGGCGGCCGGAGCCCGGAGCAGCCCCUUUAAAAAAGCGGAGUACAGUAGUGGGAUUCUUGAAACCUGAAACCUAGAAACAGAAUCGAAGCGGAAAUCAGAGGGAAAACCUUGAACUCCUCCAGACAAUCGCUUCCGGGGAGUUUAGAGGGAGCGAAGGGGAAUAAAGGACUGGAGAGGAGGGGCCCUCGGAUGGCGCGUCCCUGAGGGUCGCGGCGAGUUCGCGGAGCGUGGGAAGGAGAGGACCCUGCCUCUCCCCGGGCUGCGGUCAUGGCCACGGCGGAGCAGAAAGCCCUGGGCACCGGCUUCAAGUGGCUUUCCUUGGCCACUCUCGUGCUCAUCUGCGCCGGGCAAGGGGGACGCAGGGAGGAUGGAGGUCCAGCUUGCUACGGGGGAUUUGACCUGUACUUCAUUUUGGACAAAUCGGGAAGUGUGCUGCACCACUGGAAUGAAAUCUAUUACUUUGUGGAACAGUUGGCUCAUAAAUUCAUCAGUCCACAGCUCAGAAUGUCCUUUAUUGUCUUCUCUACUCGAGGAACCACCUUAAUGAAACUGACAGAAGACAGGGAACAGAUCCGUCAAGGCCUAGAAGAGCUCCAAAAAGUUCUGCCGGGAGGAGACACUUACAUGCAUGAAGGAUUUGAAAGGGCCAGUGAGCAGAUUUAUUAUGAAAACAGUCAAGGAUACAGGACAGCCAGCGUCAUCAUUGCUUUGACUGAUGGUGAACUCCAUGAAGAUCUCUUUUUCUACUCAGAGAGGGAGGCUAAUAGAUCCCGAGAUCUUGGUGCCAUCGUUUACUGUGUUGGUGUGAAAGAUUUCAAUGAAACACAGCUGGCCCGGAUCGCAGACAGUAAGGAUCAUGUGUUUCCUGUGAAUGACGGCUUCCAGGCUCUGCAAGGCAUCAUCCACUCAAUUUUGAAGAAGUCCUGCAUUGAAAUUCUAGCAGCUGAACCAUCUACCAUAUGUGCAGGAGAGUCAUUUCAAGUCGUUGUGAGAGGAAAUGGCUUCCGACACGCCCGCAACGUGGACAGGGUCCUCUGCAGCUUCAAGAUCAAUGACUCCGUCACACUCAAUGAGAAGCCCUUUGCUGUGGAAGAUACUUAUUUGCUGUGUCCAGCACCUAUCUUAAAAGAAGUUGGCAUGAAAGCUGCGCUCCAGGUCAGCAUGAAUGAUGGCCUCUCUUUCAUCUCCAGUUCUGUCAUCAUCACCACCACACACUGUUCUGACGGCUCCAUCCUGGCCAUCGCCCUGCUGAUCCUGUUCUUGCUCCUAGCUCUGGCCCUCCUCUGGUGGUUCUGGCCUCUCUGCUGCACUGUGAUUAUCAAGGAGGUCCCUCCUCCCCCUGCUGAGGAGAGCGAGGAAGAAGAUGAUGAUGGCCUGCCUAAGAAAAAGUGGCCUACGGUAGAUGCCUCAUAUUAUGGCGGGAGAGGCGUUGGAGGCAUCAAGAGGAUGGAGGUCCGUUGGGGAGAAAAGGGCUCCACAGAAGAAGGUGCUAAACUGGAAAAGGCAAAGAACGCAAGAGUCAAGAUGCCCGAGCAAGAGUAUGAAUUCCCUGAGCCUCGCAAUCUCAACAACAACAUGCGGCGGCCCUCUUCCCCGCCCAAGUGGUACUCUCCAAUCAAGGGAAAACUCGAUGCUUUGUGGGUCCUACUGAGAAAAGGAUAUGAUCGUGUGUCUGUGAUGCGUCCACAGCCAGGAGACACGGGACGUUGUAUCAACUUCACCAGAGUCAAGAACAACCAGCCAGCCAAGACUCCAAGGAGGCACAUGUUAAACACCUCAUCCAUUGAUGUGUGGUCAGCUGGCUGUGUACCGGCUGAGCCUCUCCUUAGUCAGUGCAUCUUCCCUGGGGACAGUGGGGUAGACCAGCUGAUGGAGAUCAUCAAGGUAUUGGGAACACCAAUCAGGGAACAAAUCCGAGAGAUGAACCCCAAUUACAUGGAGUUCAAGUUUCCCCAGAUUAAAGCUCAUCCCUGGACAAAGGUAUUCAAAUUUCAAAUGCCUCCAGAGGCCAUUGUGCUCUGCUCUAGCCUGCUGGAGUACACACUGUCCUCAAGGCUCUCCCCACUAUAG